AUGUACAGCCCUAACGGUGAUUGGCCCGAAGUUGUAAAUAGACUUGUUGCUGAAACUGAUAAAUAUGUGAAAAAAAUCGAUUUAAAGGAAUUAUUAGAAUGUGAUUUUUCAACAACUACCUCAAGCUCCUUAACAGCAAGUCGUAUUGUAUUAUUAGAUGCU